AUGGUUGACAACCAAACUGCUCAUUGUGAAACAUCUGGAUGGAUAAUGGUCCAAGAAAACUGUGUCCUGAGAAGCAUUCAGACUCUGAUAGACAGCGCUCAGACUUUAGUGGUAACAGACGUCCAACAAUUUACAGCCAAUCUCAGCAGUGCUACCGUAGCAAAUAAUCAAAGCAUAAUACAGUCUCCGGCGACUGUAUUGGGAAUUGUUGGUGCACUGCAAAAAAUUGCUAAUAUGAGUCAGAUUAUAGCACAUGACAUAACAGAGUAUUUCAUUUUAAAGGAUUUCCUGCAGAUAGUGGAUGUCAUUGCAUCCAAAGAAGCAGAAAAAACAUGGACAACUCUGAACACGGGCAGUACAACUCAGAACACCAGCUCUGUACUGAUGAAGUCUAUCGAGGAAAUGGCACAAAAUCUCUCAAAUGACACCUUUGGAAUAGAAACAAACACCAUUCAGCUCAACAGAACUCAAAUUUCUGAGCCAUAUUCAAAACAAUUUGGUAUAAACAUAUCUACAAUAAUACAUAUUCAAGAAAUCCCAGUGAAUAAUGUAGACACUUUCUUCACUAUCAUAGUUUUCUCAACUCUUAACACCGUCUUACCUGUUCGAAGUGUAACCUACAGUGACAGCAGUCAAACUGGGACUAGCAUUAAUGGAGAUGUGGUUGUGGUCAGAUCAGAAAAUAUCAUUAACAAUAUAUCCUUUUCUUUUUCUCUUAUAAAUAAUUCACUGAAAUUCCCCUAUUGUGUGUUUUGGAACUUUAAUCUCUUGGAUGGGAUUGGGGGAUGGGACUCAACUGGAUGUAAAGUAAUGCCAUUAUUAAAUCAAACUAAAAUGGUUAAAUGUGAAUGCAAUCACACAACCUCAUUUUCCAUCCUGAUGUCACCAUAUUCCCUGGAUACUCCUACCUUGGCCUACAUAACUUACAUUGGUGUUAGCAUUUCGAUGGCCAGUUUGGUUUUAUGCCUCAUUAUUGAAACCAUUAUUUGGAAGUCAGUGACAAGGAAUGACACAUCCUACAUGCGGCAUGUCUCCAUAGUGAACAUCGCUGUGUCCCUCCUGAUUGCAGAGAUAUGCUUAAUGAUUGGAGCAUCCAUUGUGCAACGAGGACAGGUUACACCAGUGGGUCCCUGCAGUGCAGUGACAUUCUUCAUCCACUUCUUUUAUCUUGUUCUCUUCUUCUGGAUGUUCCUGUCAGCACUCUUGCUCCUCUACCGCACCAUCAUGGUCUUUUCUGGAAUGUCCAGGUCCAGGAUGUUGGCUAUAGCGUUCAGUGUGGGCUAUGGAGCCCCAUUGCUCAUAGCUGUCAUCACUGUGGCAUCAGCAGCUGGAAACAGAGGAUAUGUUCAAGAAAUGAACUCAUGUUGGCUGAACUGGGAUCAAACUAAGGCACUCUUGGCAUUUGUGAUUCCUGCUCUGACGAUUGUAGUUAUAAAUCUCUUGGUGCUUAUCAUGGUGAUAUAUAAGAUGUUGAGGAGAGGAGUUGGUGCUUCCACUCCAGAUGAGAAACAUGCCUUAGUCGUCAUUAUCAGAUGUGUGGGGAUUUUGACCCCUCUCUUUGGACUGACCUGGGGAUUCGGCAUUGGAACCAUGGUGACCUCUGCUUUGGGAAUUCAUGUGGUGUUUGCAACCCUUAAUUCAUUGCAGGGAUUCUUUAUUUUGGUGUUUGGAACUUUACUGGACAGUAAGAUCCAGGAGGCCCUGGCAGCGAGGUUGUCACUGACAAACAUUAGCUCUAACCGCACAAGGAGCACUAGUGCAGGACUAUCAUCCUCUAGUGGACUUCCUUUUAUUCAGAGGUUGUGGCAGAGGAAUGUGUUCAACAGAUCAGAAGAGAACGGGUUCUCUGCAGUUCCUUCUUCAAGCAACUCGGAUGCACUUAUGAACAUUUAA